GUUGCAUUUACCACAAGAAUCUACCACCCAAAUAUCAACAGCAACGGCAGCAUUUGUCUUGAUAUCCUGCGAUCACAGUGGUCUCCAGCUCUCACCAUCUCCAAAGUUCUCCUGUCUAUCUGCUCCCUGCUGUGUGACCCAAACCCAGACGACCCCUUAGUACCCGAGAUUGCCCGUAUCUACAAGACGGACAGGGAAAAGUAA